AUGAAUAAUCUACAGGGAAGCAGCACGCCCCACCAGGUGAGCGCUCCUCUUUCUCCGUACCUCGAGGCACGGGUCCUCAACUUGGAGGAAGCACACGGCGAUCUGCGCGGUGAAGUCGACACGCUCAGAGACCUGUACCACAGCCUCUGUAACUCUUUUGGCAAAGACCAGACCGCACGCGCCAGUCCUCCUCAAGAUCUGAACCUUGACAAGUCCCGUCAGAGCGCCAUGCAAUUCAAGCAGGAGCUUGAGCGACUGAGCCGUGAGGUUCGGGGGUCAGUGAACGGUGAUGCUGACGAGCAGAAGGCGAGCGGUCGCAAUACACCAAAGACUAACGGUAGCGUACCUCCACACAUGAGAGCUGCAAGCAUUACCAGUCACGGAUCUGGUCAGAAGUCUCUGCCGCCACACCUGCGUGGUGGCAAGCAGUCUAGCGCUGUCAAUGGCAAUGCGGCUCCUAAGCUUUCGGUGGACGCUACGAAGCACCAGUACGAGCCUCUUAUUACAGAUGGGCCAGUUGACACCAUCGUUCGGCAGACGACAGUCCCCGCAGCAGCUCCUAGUCCUCCAUUGUCUCCUACCACGACUGUUCAGGGUGAUGUUCCCGUCGUCGAAGCCGAAGCCCUCUCGCUCAAGGAAUGGAAACCCUGCUACCUCACUACACUGGAAUCGCUGCCCGCCGACGUCCGCACCAAGAUUCCUGCGCAGCAGAACAUGGCAACUUUCACCUUCGAUAUGUUGCAGAACACAUUUGGUGGCAUCGCGUGGUCUCCUGGCCUACGAUACAUCAACUCACCCGGCGCCUGUCUGCUGAAGAACCGCACUUACUACAUGCUCGACCCGAUGCAUGAGCCGUACCUGCCUAAGAGUCCCGGAGAGCACGGGGCCAAGUUGACUGCUUUCUUCAACAAAGCUCCCGAGGAAAAGUUUGACAACCUCCCUGAGGGCACCAACUCUUACACCGAUGUACCUAUGUUCGUUCAAGUUUCACAAGGGCGCUAUGCGUACUUCGGCAACUACUCGCAGACACGUUGGUCAGACAAGCUCGACAACGAUACAAUGAGGGCUCGAGUGCCUCAACAUGUCAAGGAGCAUAUCGCGAAGGACUUGGCUGCUACACCUCGUGAAGACUGGGUCACCCGAGAGCUCAAGAAGCACUUCUUCCCAAAGCCUGAGUACGAAGGAGCUAUUCUCGCCCCCACCAGCGAUGACACCACCACUCACACAGUUGACGAGGAGAAGCAAAACAGACAGGUGGCCAGCGAUAUCAAGGACUACAUUCAGGAGCUUGCUGAGUGGGAGCGUGAGGCCAACAUGAAGACUGCCAUGAUCAAGACUGACUUCGUCCUCAACGCCUUCGAUGCUGCUGAUGCUGACGACCCACCCGCUCUGCGCCUCUGGUGGGAGUACCUCGAGUGCGUCGACUGGAAGUUGGACUUCUACAACAUGCUCGUUGGAUUCCAGGCUCGCGCUAACAACACCAAGUAAGCGCUCAGCACCUGCCUGUGCCACACCAUGGAGGGCUUCUACUCGAUGCCUUACGACAACAGAUGCCCAUGGAACUGAACCUUACGAAAUUUGCUUGUUUGAUUUGGCACACGACAUAAGAUCCUUUCGGCCGGUGAUUUGAUAUGGCGAUCAUGGAAUGGAUGGCCGUUGGAGCAUUCGACUUGGAGGACUCGACUGGCAAGGGCUCACCGCUAAGCUUGAAGUUCACCUUUCGGUCUUAAAAUGCACCCCACGACUUGCGAACGAC